AAAAGAAUUGAAGGUCAGAAGAAGGUUUGCUGUAGCAUCCGUCGGCGUUAUCUUGUGUGCCUCGCCGUCUUGUGGUUUGCGGCGGGGAUACACGUCGCAAUACUACCGCAUGUCGCUACUUCAAACCCUCGCUCUCCAAACCCCGGCCUUCCUCCGCUCCAAGCAAGCAUCGCCGUUCUCUCUCUACUUCCUCUCUCCCAACCCUGCCCUUCAUCCUCAUCUCCGAUCGUCCCUCCGCCUUCCGAAACCUUCGGCCUGCAUCUCCUCGUCGGAUCCAGACCCCGAUACUAAGCCCAAGCCUCGUCGGCGUAGCCGUAAAACAGAGGGAACCGACCCCGUCGAUGGCGCCCCGGCCGAGGGUUUCGUGCCCCGCAAGCCGAGGCGCGGCCGCCGGAGCGAAUCGGCGGCCGUGGAGGACUUCGUGAGGUCACGGCUCCAGGAUACUUUCGCUGCGAUCAGAGAGCAGAACGCGGGGCUUCUGGAGGGGAAGCACGAGGUUCUCAAAGCGAGGAGGACCGACGAAGAGGAGGAGGAGGAGGAGGAGAAGCGCAGCGAGGGUGAGGAUCUGUCGGUGGAGGAUGAUGAUCCGGAAUGGCCGCUCGACGCCGAUGUUGGAUGGGGGAUCAGGGCUUCCGAGUACUUCGAGAAGAAUCCCAUCAAGAACGUCGUGGAAGAGGGGGUGGAGAUCGAUUGGGAAGGGGAGAUGGAUGAGGGUUGGGUGAAGGAGAUCAAUUCCUUGGAGUGGGAGAGCUUUGCGUACCACCCCAGCCCUCUUGUUGUUUUGGUGUUCGAACGCUAUAGAAGGGCAGCUCAUAAUUGGAGGAUGUUGAAGGAGCUGGAAAAUGCAGCCAAGGUAUAUUGGAGUGCUAAAGAUCGGUUACCUCCCAGGACUAUCAAGAUUGACAUUAAUAUUGAGAGAGAUUUGGCAUAUGCUCUCAAAGUCAAAGAAUGUCCUGAGCUAUUAUUUCUGAAAGGAAACACGAUUCUGUACAGAGAGAAAGAGUUUAGGACUGCAGAUGAGCUGGUACAGAUGAUUGCACACUUCUACUAUAAUGCUAGGAGACCAUCAUGGGUUGAUACUGCAAGAGUUUCUUUGCGCUGUUGAAUCUUGUUCAGGUAGUUAACUUCUUCCUCAAAUUUGACAGUUUUACACAUCUAUUUGCCUUUGGAAUUCUGAAGAUUUAUCUGAACAAAGAAUUAUGAGUUGAUUUAUCUCAUCUCAUCUAGUCUUCCGAAAAAACGUAAUUUUGGUAAGAUAUUCAGGUAUUGCAGUCUCUCAUUGGUGACUGUAAAGAAGUUCUUCGAGAUUCUAUUGAGUAUGAGUUGGGCAUAAUCAGUAGGUUGGAGUCUUAUUCCGUGGUCAUAUCUAGGCGAGGUUGUGUAUUGAAGUCGACUGUGUCAUGAUAUUUUCUUGACAAUUCCAUAGUUAAUGCAUAUUGAAGCUUGUUCACCUUUU